AUGUCCUUUUCGAUAAAUCCUGCAUUUUCGUUUAGUUUAAAUCGGAUUUUAGUUGGUAGCGUAAAAUUUGGUAAAUACGAUGGCAUUCAUGUGUGCCUUACUGCCGUUACAAGCACUGACAAAGUCAUUUUACAUAAUCCGUAUAAAAAAUUAAGCGAAUCGAAUAAUCGAUUAUCAUGGGCUGAGAUGAGCAGUGAUAUAGCUGUAUUAAAUUUUAAUCAAGAGAUUCGUGCCAUUGAAACUGGUUGUUUAUCUAGUGAUCCAAAGGAUAUUUUGGUCAUUGCAAGUCCAACACAACUUUUGGCCUAUCACGUCGAUAACAACAGAGAUUUAUUUUAUAAGGAGAUUUUAGAGGGUAUUUUUAUCAUUUUAAUUGGAAAAGUGUGCUCAUUUGAAAAUCCAUUAGUCAUUGUUGGCGGCAACCAAUACAUUCGCGGCUAUGAUAUGGAUGGAAAUGAAAAACUCUGGAUUGUUACCAGUGGAAAUGUGAAUACAUUGGCUUUGGUGGAUUUUAAUAAUGAUGGCAAAAAUGAAAUUGUUUGCGGCUGUGAUAAUGGAACUAUUAAAAUUUACCAGAACGAUUCUCUAUUAUCCGAAUUUUUUGAAAAUUCCAGUGUCAUUCAAGUCUCAAGAAUUGAUUUGAGUAGUCUGUUGGCAUAUUCAUUGAAUGACGGCACGGUUGGUGUUUAUAACGAAGGAAUUCGUCUGUGGCGUAUAAAGUCAAAAUCAAAGGGUUUAUCGAUGUCAUGUUUCGAUCUAUUGGGCACUGGAUCUCUUCAAUUGAUCAUUGGCUGGGAAUCUGGAAAGGUUGACAUAAGAGACAUUGCGACUGGUGAAAGUUUAUUUAAACUAUCGUUAAAUCAAAUGGUAAUAUCUGUUAUGCAAGCUGAUUACCGUGGAAGAGGCGUGAAUGAUCUAAUUAUAUGUACUAGAAAUGGUGAUGUUAAGGGAUACGAACGAUCUAAAAUCAAUUUACAAUCAAUCAAGCAAAUGGAUCACAGUGAACUGAACUCAUUGAUGACAACGAAAAAAAAUUUAAUGCUUGAACUGUCCCAAUAUCAAUCGAAUACAAAAAUCAACAAAGAGCACUCGGAAAAUGAAGAUCUACGAAUUUUGGCCUCCGAUGAAUUUGGAGUUAUUCCGGCUAGUACUCGACUACAAGUUGCAUUAUCUACUAUAGCAAGCGGUGAUAAAAGGUUGCAUAUUGAAUUGAGUGUAUGCACCAACAAUGACACAAUCAUCAAAGCAUUGAUAAUCUUUUCGGAGGGAAUUUUUGAGGGUGAAACAUUGAUUGCCUACUCAUAUUCUAGACCAACAUCCAGAAUCGUUCUCCCGUUUAUUACACCAAAAAACAUUGUCUAUGAUAUUCAUUUGAAGAUUUUGGUUGGGUUUGAGCACAGCAAACAAUUUCAUGUGUUUGAAUUAACGAGACAAUUGCCAAAGUUUUCAAUGUAUGCGGUUAUUGAUGAUUUCAAUCCAUCUGUACAUCUACAUUUUCCGAUUAAAAUUGAUGAAACAACUAGCUACGUUUCAUUUAAAUUAAACGAACGUUAUCAGAGACUCUGCUUAUGGAUUAAUCAGAAUUUUUUGUUACCAAUCGAUAUUGAGCCAGAACAUAUAACCGGAUUGGAUGACAUUCGAUUGUCAUUAAUUAGUGUAUAUGAUAAAAGCCCUGUGAUUAUUUGGUUUUCAGAUAAAAACGAAUCGAAAAUUCUAACCGAAAACAUGGAUUUGGCCGGCGAUUUAAUUCAUUCGUUGGCCACAUUUUUGAAUAUUGAAGAUUUAAAGACAACUGCUUGUUUUCCCAAUAUUACAAGUCGUCUCAAUCAAUACUAUGAACGAAUCAGCGGCUUUGAAACGACCUACACCAAUUUGAUAUUGGAUGUGGCACAUAAGAAAUACAUUGCCAAAAAUUUACUCAUUCAAGCAGAGGAUGCUCGUCUUUACAAUGAAAAUGAUCUGACUGGAAUUUACACAAAUCUCAAUCGUCUAAAUGAAGAUAUGGCAAGUUCCUUUAAAAUUCGUCAGCAGAAUUUUGUUGAAAUGCAAAAAAAUUUGGAUGGUGUUAAUUCGGUAUUGAAAUCAUCGAUACGACUUCGUGGUAAUUGA